AAUAAUUGUUACUUAUUAAUUGUUGCUAAUAAUUAUUCUCAACUAAUUAAUUUUUUUAUUUAUGUAAAGAUGGAGAAUAGGGCUACUUGGAUGUAUGGUUUGCCUAGGUACUCACAAGCCUAUGCUGAUGAGGUGGACAAAUUUAUUACAAUCGCAGUGAAUCAUGCAAAGACGUUGUCAACAGGAAAUAAUUGUUCAGUUAUUUGUCCCUGUAAAGAUUGCAAGAACCACUUAGCAACUUAUGAUGUGGAAAUCAUCAGAUCACAUCUGAUUAGGCGAGGAUUUGUCCCGAACUACACAGUAUGACUUCAUCAUGGUGAAGUAAUGUUUCUUGAUGGCAACGAUGAUGACCAAGAAGACGAUGCUGAAGAAGGCCAAUUGUUGUCCCAAUACGCAGACAUGUUUGAAGCACAAAUGCAACAUGAUUCAGCAAAAUCUUUGGCCUUAAGUGAAAAGAACAGCUUGCAGGCGAAGAAGAACAUCCACCACCCUCGUCUAGGCCCCGGUGGCUACGAGGGCAAGGAAGAGAUGUUUAGAAAGAUGGAAGAGGAGGCCGUAGCUGCUGGGAAUACAAAAGUAAUGAAAUUGAAGCCACGCACCAAGCGUUGGCUCUUUGCCAGGAAUCUUGAAGAAUCAGGCAGCAGUCUGAAAUUUGCCAAGCCAGAGACCGAGGAGGCAGUGUCAAGGAUAAUGAAAUAUUCUGAAGACAUCGAGAAGGGCUCAUUCACUCCUUCUAGAGAGAAGGACGAGCUUAGCCUUGGCUUGGGAAACCCCGAGCACCCAGGCCGUGUCAGGGGGUUAGGGAAACAUAAGACCUGGAAGGAAGGAUUUCGAGAGGAUGUGGAGAUGUACAAGAAACAUGGUAGAAACCGGGAGGAGAGUCUUGCCACCCUAGUGAAGACCCUAGUUGCCAAGGAACUACAGGAGCAAGGACUGUCUACUGAGCGACGGUCACAAAUGGAGCCGCCUAGGGAUUUGGUUCUAGUUGGUAGCCCUCCAAAUGUUCAAAGCAGCCAAGGUUCCAAUGCAGCCUCCGCCUCAGUCGAUCACAUACGGGUGCCAACUCGUUGCAUCCUGUUGAUUCCCAUCGGUAGGGGACAGGAGAUGGCUGAGGUCGCAACGGGUCUGGCACAUCCUCCAAUUCCAGGCGACAUCUGGCACCAUAAACCGGUCCCGGCCGACUAUAGUAAGGUUGAGGUGCAUACCGUGAAUCCCGAGUACGCGAAGCAUAAGAUUGAACACCCAACUAGCGAGGGGAUUCGUGAGCUUGGACUACUCAUGAAACAGUUCAUCCUAUGGUACAAAAAGGAUAUUGUGUUGAAUGUUUCCUCGCCAACUCCAAGUGAUGUACACCUGGAGAGAGUCCACCUUGAGGAUGGAGCGGUGUAUUCACCGUCUCAUGAGGACCACUUGAUGCAUGAGAGGGUACCGGCUUCUCCAACCGCUGGUGAGCAAGGGGUCGAGCCAGGGCAUGAUGAGACGCCACAUGAGCCUCAAAUAGGUGAACCUUCUGUAGCUCGUGCGGAGCCAGAGCAUGAGAUGCCACAUGUGCCUCAUAGUCCGCAUUCUUCUACAGCUCGUGCCGAGCCAAAGCGUGAUGAGACACCACAUGUGCCUCAUAGCCCAAAACCUUCUACAGCUCGUGCCGAGUCAGAGCAUGACGAGACACCACAUGUGCCUCCUAAGCCACAACAUUCUCCAGCUCGCCCCGAGCAAGGCCAUGAUGAGAUGGCACAGACUUUUCAACAAGCACCGCCGACACAUGAAGAACUACUCCCUCUAGUAUGUGAAGCUCGUGAAAAGAUCCCCAUCAUGAUAAGGUCGACAGGGUCAAAAUCUUUUGUGGAUAUGAAUGUCUCGGGUAUGUACAAGUGGUAUGCUCAUGACCAGUUCAAGCCUGAGAACCAAGGCCCGAACAAAUUUGCCUACAGGAUGCCCACUGACACCUCAGACUACACAACGAUAACAAAGUAUCCAGAUGUUGAAACCAUCAAGUGGUCAAAGGAUUGCCCGAAAGAAUAUGUAAAAGGCAAACGUUUCCUACCAAACCGGGUCUUGUGUAAGAUGCCAUAUGGAAUGAGAAGGUUCCAUGAUUGGUACUACUUGCAUGUUUCACGUACAGAACUGAAUGUGUUGGAAGCAGUAAUACCUGCUCGCACAUUUGGAGGCCCUGCUUCGGGUAUUGCCUUUGACUUCAGCGACAUCCAAUCAUGCUUUCACCUUAGUUCAAUGUCGAUGAAUCUGAUUCGCACUUGGUGCCUAAUGCAAGCAAACUUUAUGAAAUCUACACGCUCAACGAAAGCCGGGUAUGUAGACCCUAUGCCUAUAGCACAAAUAAAUUUUAAUUACCCAUCGAGAUGGGAAUUGGAUGCGCCACAGCUAGCUGCUGGAGGGACGUUGGCGGAGAAAGAAAAGAUCCGUGCGGCCAAAAUAAGAGAAGAGUCUCUUAAGGUUGCGGCAUGGCUUGCCGUAUGUUUAAAGAAUCUCCAACACUUCGAAACAAUAUGGAUUCCAUACCACUUCAACAAUCACUGGAUAGUCAUAGGUCUCGAUGUCGGGAUGAACAUGGCAUGGAUUUGUGAUUCUGCAGAUUUUGACCCUCACACAUAUAAAGACUUCAUGUCAAUUCUCAUUACGGCAUUCAGGGCCUAUGUCAAGAAUCACAAAGGAAGGCAUGAUCCAGGUCUGGGGAGCCACUUGCGUUUCAAAUCUCUAUGUUCGUUUCCCAAGCAAAGGCCAGGGAGUCUGCAUUGUGGAUACUAUGUAUGUGCUUUCAUCAGUAACACAAAAGGCUACAGGAGACACCCUGAAUUGUGGAAAGAAGAAAAAGGACUAAAAAGGGAUGUCUACAGGGAUGAUGACCUCUUAGAGAUUGUCGGUGACCUUUGCAACUUUAUAAUGGACCAUGUUGUUUAUUACAAAGGUGAUUACCAUAACCCACAGUCCGACUUAGGUAGCAAUCCUCUUUACCAGCACCUCCGUCAGUGGGAUAGGCUAUGUCUAGGUCGUUGAUUACAUGUGAACUUGUUGGAAUGGACUGUGAUCGAUUUGUAUUAGUACCUGAAAAAUUUCGGACUCUUUUGGAUGGAUUUGGACAUGGAAA